AUGUGGGCGGCACUUCACCUCCCGGAGCAUCUCGCUGAUCACCCUCUCUGGCGCAACGUUGUGCGCUGCAUCGCGGACGCGGGCCAUGGCUACGUUCCGCCGAAGCGGCGGUAUGUUGGUGGCGCCGGCCUUGCGCGCUGCCGCGAACGGAUCGAGAGGGGCCUCGCUCCCAUCAAUGCAAGCUGGAGGCGGGAUGGCGUGACGAUUGGUUCGGACAUGAUGACGGACAAAUGUGGUCGUCCCCAAGCCAACAUCCUGCUCAUCAACGAUUCCGGUGCUGUUUUCGCCGAAAGCAUCGACUGUAAGUUAGAGACGAAGACGGGAGGAUACAUUGCAUCGGUUCUGCGCCCGAUCAUUGAGAAGGUGGGCCCCGAUAACAUAGUUGCAUUCUGCAUGGAUGGGGGCAGCAAUUAUGGGGCUGCAUGUAGGGAACUCAUGCUAGAGUAUCCUCACAUUGAGCAUGUGCCGUGCGCUACUCACGUCAUGGACCUGCUCAUGGAGGACAUUGGGAAAAUGGAUUGGGCGAAGGACAUUGUGGAUAAGGCGGGGGUGAUUAUUACCUUUGUGCGUGCGCACCAUUUCACCAAAGGUUACAUGAGAAGCCCGCAGGUGAACGGAGGGAAGGGGAAGCAGGUGCUGAAGCCGGCGGGCACCAGAUUUGGCAUGCAAUUCAUCGCGGUGCAGCGGCUUUGCCAGGUGCGGGCGGCAUUGGUGCAGAUGGUGCUGAGCCCGGAGUGGCAGGAUUGGGCGAAGGGGAGGAAGGUGACGGCCGAGCCCUUCGAAGCCAUGAUCAUGGAUGCCGUGUGGUGGAAAGGGGCGGAGUACUUCGUCGCCCUCAUGAAGAUCCCCUUUGUCGUCAUGCGCAAGACCGACUCGACGGCCAAGGGCAUGAUGGGCAAGAUUUAUGAUCUGAUGCUCCAGCUCACGGAAGACAUGAAUGCGAAGCUGGAGGAGGAGGAGGGGGGAUUGGUGCUGUCCAGCACAGAACAGGCGGAGGUGAGCAACAUCGUGCGGCGGCGCUGGGACCAUAGCAUGGCGUGUCCCAUGCACGUGGUUGGCCGGAUCCUCAACCCGGUCAACCAAGAGGAAGGCAUCUUCCGGGCCGACCUGGAGUGUACGCGCGUCUUCAAAGCGUUCGUCGCUCGCCACUUCGAGGGGCAGACCGUCACGCGCAAAGAGGGCGAGGAGAUGCAGGCAUCCCACGUCAUCCAGGACGGCCUGACGGCAUUCAACACCCUUCAGGGGAGCUUCGGCCUCCCCGACGCCAUCUCAGACCGUCAGCUCGUGAAGGCCGGUAAGAAGACGGCCGUCCAGUGGUGGACGUGGCACGGGAUGGACCACCCCGAGCUGACAACGCUCGCAUGCCGCGUUCUCUCAGCCAGUGUCCGCAUCGGCAACACUGUGCGCAACUGGCACACGGGGGAUGAGGGGGUGACGGUUCUCCCGGGGAACAUCCCUGAGGCCCCCCUGCCGGCAGGGUACAAGGAGGAUGUGGAGGAGGAGGAGGAGGGGGAGGAGGAUGAGCUGGAGGAUGAGUACGAGUAG